ACGUGACGCRGAAGCAGCUCCGGAACACUUUAGCGUGUGGAUGUGUUUACAAACGUCUCGUUUACAGGAUGCACGCUGGUCCGCUGCGUAAACAAACAGCUGCAUUCUCUUCUUUCGAGUCUAAAUACGCUCCUGUUUACAUUUUAGAAGAACUAAAUGCAUUUUGUUCGUCGGAAUAGCAAAUUCUUCUCUGCCUCCGGAACACCGAUAGGUUAGUCCUGACGAUGCGGCGGUAAAGAUUAAAAGUCAUUUAUUCUCUUCGAUAUGAUACAUUUUUUGUAAUUACAGCGUAAUAUUUGUACUUUGAACGCAGUGGCAGUCGAUUUCAAGUUUGUAAACGUUACAUUUUUUAAAUUUUUUAUUUAUUUAUUUAUUUUUAGAUAACARUUUCUAGCAUCUGAUUUUUAAGGUGACCAUGAAACAGGGCGAUGAGGCUGGAAGCGUGCCUGCUUACUUCAUCUCGAACCAUGAAGGAUUUCGCGGRAGCAUCAAAAACUUCACUGAGGACUUCGUUGUGAGUGAGAUCGAUAUAAAUGGGCAGAACGUGAAAGCAGCACAAGGCUGGCAGAGGCCAGGCUGUGCCUCAGAGGAAAACCAUGUCGAGCUGAAGGAGGAUGCUGAGUAUUCAGUCCCACAGGACGCUGAUGGUUCAUCAGAGUGGGGGCCGGAUACCCCUCUGCCUAGUUUAGGGAGUUUUGAUUUAGAUGUGAUUUUAGGCCAGUCGGUCAGUGAAGAUCUGGAGCAGUUUGUGUUGACUCUGAGAGAGAAAAAGCAAGCUGGCCUGGAGCUUUCCUUGGGCUUCUUCUCAGACAAACACCAGCGAGCCAACGUCCACCGGGCUGUGAGACACCGCUUCCCCUUCCUCAUGACGGUCACCAUUCAGCCCGAGAUCAGGGUCAGGGAGGACCCGGACUACAGGGAGCUGGCCCGGCUCGUCAAAGAGGACGAAGCCGAGGACUUCUUUAGGUUCAUCGACGCCAAAGUGCGAGGCUCGUCCUAUACAUUUGGACCCGACGACGACAAGGAGCACAGGACGGCGGUCCAUCACUUCCUGAACCGACGGUUYGGGAAGCUGGUGGAGACCAAAAGCUUCAGCAGCCAGGGCACGACGGCCAUCUCUGUCAGGCUGAGGGAUCACGGCAAGCCGAAGAAGAGAACCGCCGAGGAGCGCAAGGAAGAAGACAUCUACACAGGUACGGUGGGUUUGAAACAAACGACCGGUUUGAUCAUUUCGACUCAGUCGUGGCCAAACACGCACAGCUGCUUGUGUUUCUCAGCCUUCACGCUGUGUAAGGAGAACCUGGAGACCCUGGAGGCCAUCAGCUACAUGGCAGCUGCUCUCGGAGUCCUGCCGUCAGAUUUCACCUACGCCGGCACCAAAGAUAAGAGAGCCGUCACCUACCAGUCCAUGGUGGUGAAGAAGGUCUCCCCUCAGCGGCUGAAAGAGAAGGCGGCAGAGUUUGAGAAGAGGGGGAUGCGUCUGUCCCAGAUCCGCUCCGUCGGGGAGCCCCUGAGGCUGGGGCGGCUGCAGGGGAACCACUUUGACCUGGUGGUCCGCGACCUCCGGCCACACGGGCCCGUCGACGGGCACCGCCCGGGGCCCGACGUGCACGCUCGCCUGGCGGAGCUGGUGCGGGAGGCGGUGGAGAACGUGAAGAGGAGAGGAUUCGUCAAYUAUUAUGGACCGCAGAGGUUUGGGAGUGGACCGAGCGUUCCGUCUGAUCGAGUAGGACUCGCUCUGCUGAAAGAGGACAUGGUCAGUGCCGUGCGUCUGUUCUUCUCUCCGGAGGAUGGCGACGAUCCUCAGAGCCUCGCCAAGAGACACUUCCUCCAAACAGGUAACGCUAAGGAGGCUCUCGCGAUGAUGCCGCUGUCGAAGCCCAGGGAGCGGCUGAUGCUCCGGGCUCUGAACAGAUACGGGGGCGGAGCCGACGGUUGCGUCCAAGCGUGGCUCAGCCUGCCCCACAGCAUGAGAGUGUUCUACCCUCACGCCUACUGCAGCAGGGUGUGGAACGAGGCAGUGGCCCACAGGCUGUCUACGAUGGGUCACUGUGUGAGACAAGGGGACCUGGUGUGGAUGCAGACGGGCCAACACAGAACCGAGGACAUUGGAGGAACCAGCUCUCCUCAGAUCCAUGUGGUGACCCGUGAGGAGGAACAAGCGGGCGUGUACACACUUGGACAAGUGUUGCUKCCGAUGCCAGGAAACACGGUGAAAUAUCCUGAAAACGCCGUGGGGGCUUGGUACCAGGAGCAGCUGGCCAGAGACGGGCUGUCCGAGUGUCGCUUUAGGGUCAGCAGCCUCAAACUGAACCUGCCCGGCUGCUACCGUCCUCUGCUGGCCGCUCCGCGCAACGUCAGCUACCGGCUGCAGAGAGCAGCCAGCGAGGACGGCGGAGGAGGAGCAGCGGCAGAAAGGAGCGCCGACUCACCGUCUCUUACCUUGAACUUUGACCUGGACUCCUCCUGCUACGCUACCAUCUGCCUCAGAGAGAUCAUGAAGUGUGACCCUCAAUAAAGCUGAAGUCGACACUUCUGUUGGUUUUCUACUUUAGUUGUCAAUUGUGAUACGUCCUGAUUUUUGUCUUGCUUUUUUGUACUUAGAAAAAAGAGCGUGGUUACGCAUAAGACAGGUGCCACUGCAGAAYGUUAAACUGAAAUGUAAAGGAGUGUGAAGUUUUUCCUUUGUGCUGUCAAUAAAAAUAAGAAUCMGAUUCUUGCAUUUUGUUUGCAAUCUGACUACUUUGUGCUUUCAGGA